CUGACGUCAAUGCCCAGCAGAAUGCCUGCCAUGUCAACCGCCAACCGAUCCAACACCAACUCUUCGCCUUUUCUCCUGAUGGGCAUCCCUGGCCUGGAAGAUCUCCAUGUGUGGAUUUCCAUCCCAUUCUGCUUUUCAUACAUCAUGACCUUGCUGGGAAAUAGCAUGGUCCUUCUUGCUGUGAGGCUGGACAAAAGCCUCCAUGAGCCUAUGUACUAUUUCAUUUCCAUGUUGGCUGUCAUCGACCUCAUCUUCUCAACUGCUGUAGUUCCCAAGAUGCUGGGUGUAUUCUGGUUGGAUUCAAGGGAGAUUGGUUUUGAGGCCUGCUUCAUCCAGAUGUUCUUCAUCCACACAUUCACUGCAGUGGAGUCAGGGGUGCUCCUGGCAAUGUCCUUUGACCGGUAUAUAGCCAUCUGCAACCCCCUGAGAUACAACACCAUCCUAACGAGCUCAAGGACCAUCCAGAUAGGACUGCUGUCUCUGGCCAGGGGAGCUGGUGUCAUGACACCUUUAAUGUGCCUCCUCACCAGCUUACCCUACUGCAAAACCAGAGUCAUCCCUCAUUCCUACUGCGAGCACAUGGCCGUGGUGGAGCUGGCCUGCGCCGACCCAUCUGUCAGCGAUCUCUACAGCCUCAUCGUGGCAACACUAUUGGUGGGGACAGACUCUGUCUUCAUCACCUUCUCCUAUGGUAUGAUCCUGAGGUCUGUGAUGAGGCUGCCAUCCCAAGAGGCACGUCUCAAGGCCCUCAGGACCUGUGGGUCCCAUGUUUCUAUCAUCCUGCUGUUUUACAUAGGUGGCCUACUCUCCAUGUACCUGCAGAUGUUCUCUUUUGGCUUGGCUCCUCAUGUCCAAGUCCUAGUGGCUGAUUUCUAUUUGACAGUCCCUCCCAUGCUCAACCCCCUCAUUUAUGGCAUAAAGAUGAAGCAGAUCCAGGAAGGGAUCUUCAAACUAUUGGGGCAGUUGGCAAGACUCAAUAUCUCACAAGCUGAUAAAGACAGGUAUGUGGCCAUUUGCAACCCAGUGCACUACACAGGCAUACUGACCAGAAAAUACCUGGCCUGGUUAUCCCUGGCUGCAGUGGUGAGGAACAUCUCUUUCAUCAGUCCUGUGGUGAUCCUGGCAUCCAAGGGGCACUUGUGCCACUCUGAAGUUGUCAAGCACUUUGUGAGGAGAUGA